CGGAGGACACCCGCGGCGGCGGACAGCCGGCGGCAUUGUGGUGGCCGCGCCGACUGCACCUAGUGGAGACCUGCCCUUCCUACACGGAUCCGACCCACGGCUGGUUUAGAACAUGGGACCCACGGGACGCCUUGUCACCAUCAAAAGGAGCGGGGAUGAUGGCGCCCACUUCCCACUGAGCCUCAGUACCUGCUUGUUCGGAAGGGAUAUUGAAUGUGACAUUCGUAUCCAGCUUCCUGUAGUGUCAAAACAACAUUGCAAAAUUGAAGUCAAGGAACAGAAGGCAAUAUUGUAUAAUUUCAGUUCCACAAAUCCAACACAAGUCAAUGGGUCUGUUAUUGAUGAACCAGUUCAGCUGAAACAUGGAGAUGUCAUAACUAUUAUUGACCGAUCUUUCAGGUAUGAAAAUCAAAGCCAUCGGAAUGGAAGCAAGUCAACUGAAGUUCCAGGAAAAAUAUGUGAACAGGAACCAGCACAGCGUGCCUCGAGAGCUAGCUUCUCUGCUGACCCUGAUGUGAAAGGUCAAGAUUCCAAAGCCCAUUCAAAAGUCACUUCGAGAAGGUCUCUGGCACACAUCAAGAACCUCAAUGGAGACAGUGCCACCUCUGUUGGCUCCAAGGACAGUGUUGUCCAGGGUCCACCUGAUGCUCGUUCUCCAGAGCAUGUGGGACACAAUAGCAGAAAUGAAGUAGAGCCCACUUCUGGGGGUUUGAAGGAAAAGUCCAGGGUAACAGUGAGCUGUUACAGAGAACUGAAGUCUUCUCCUUCUACACAGAGCCUUGACAAUGGCAAGAAAAAUGAAUCUCCCUUUAAGAAACUUUAUCAGUCAAUGAAGGAAGAGUUGGGUAUAAAAUUACAAAGACAAAGUGUUCUACAGUAUUGUAGAAAAUCAGGAUCACAACUUGAUUCUACAACAGAAAAAGAAAGGAAGGAGAAGCAGCUGUUGGUGUCACAAAAAUCAAGAUCUAAAUCUGAUGGAAGUGCCCAAGUGAAGGCAGCGUCUUCUGCAUUUGAGCUAGAAAGUAGCCAGACUGAGGCCAAGGGAAAUGGUGUGGAGCCUGUGCACACUUCCCAAGAGGCCAUGAGUUCCAGCAUUUCUCUGCCUGAACCGACCAAAACGAAGACCCCUGUGCGGUAUUCACAGCAACAUAAAGAUGAAGACCCACAUGUUAUGGAGGAAAGAGAGCCCGCAAAUCUGGGUGAAAGUGAAGGCAUCAGUACAGCCAAGAAGAUAGUCACUCCUGGGAAGCUGUUAACUAGAAAACAAACACCAGCUAAAGUUGAAGAUGCUGCCAACCAUAAACCAGAAAAUCUCUCUCUUGAAAACAUGAGUACUCCUACAAAUGCGGAAGUCCUGCCUACAGAAACCAAAAACCGGUCCUUUUUAACUCCAUGCCUCGCUCAAGUUGAAAAGAACAUUCGAAAGGCUGCCUUCACCAAGCCUGAGAAGCUGGCCACCACAGCUGAACAGAUUUGCUCUGAGUUGCCUGGUCUUAGUUCAGUUGAUAUCAGCAACUUUGAUGAUUCCAUUAACAAGAGUGAGGGAACCUCUUUGAAGAGAAGGCGAGUGUCCUUUGGUGGUCAUCUAAGGCCUGAAUUGUUUGAUGAGAACUUGCCUCCUAACACACCUCUCAAAAGAGGAGAAACCCCAACCAAAAGGAAAUCGCUUGUCACUCACACUUCGACUGUCCUGAAGAAAAUCAUCAAGGAACAACCACAAUCUGGAAAAGAAGAAUCUUCACAGAGCAUGUGUACAGAUGUUCCAGCUCCUAAUCCAGGAAUAACUCCGCCAGGAGCAAGUAAUCAAAGACGCAGAUCAGGUAAGGCCUCACCUGACUCUGGUGCCAGCAAAUCCCUCCAGGAGACAGACAUUCCUAAGAAAGCUGGGAGGAAGAGCAGCAGCUUGACUUCGAAGAGAGCAUCCAUCAGUCGAAGUCAGCAUGACAUUUUACAGAUGAUUUGUUCCCGAAGACGGAGUGGUGCAUCUGAAGCCAACCUCAUUGUUGCAAAAUCCUGGGCAGAUGUAGUGAAACUUGGUGUGAAGCAAACACAAACAAAAGUUGUAAAACAGGGGCCUCAAAGGCAGGUGAAUAAAAGACAGAGAAGACCAAAUACUCCAAAGAAGCCUGCAGCCAACAAUCAUAACCAGUUUAGCACAGGCCACGCAAACUCUCCUUGUACCAUCGUAAUAGGGAAAGCUCAGAUCGAAAAAGUAAAUGUGCCUGCUCGCCCUUACAGAAUGCUAAACAACUUUGUGUUCAACCAAAAAAUAGUCUACAAUGAAGAUCUGUCAGGGCUAAGUGAAAUGUUCAAGACUCCAGUGAAAGAGAAGCCACAGAGGACGAGCACAUGUUCUGUUACUAUUUCCAAUUCAGAGAAUUUGCUUGAAAAACAGUUUCAAGUCACUAAUUCAGGAGAAAGCCCUCAACCCCUCACUUCAGAAAUUCAGGGACAGAAUGUGUCCUCCAGUGUUGAGAAUGCAAUAAAGGAGCCAGUUGAUAAAUAUUCUGGAAGCCCUACCUUAAGACGGCAGAGCAUAAAAGGUGGAGACACAGUAAAAACGCCUAGGAACGUGACUCACCUUGGGAGGGAAACUGUAGAUACUAUGACAGAGCCUCUGAAGACCGUAUCCAGUGCAAACGGGUUCAGAAGAUCUAGGGAGCUCAGAGAUACACAGACACCAGCUGUUGAAAGCAAAAAUGAAGGAACAGAAGCAUUCCUUGCUGAGGGAAUCAUAGGAAGACACCUGAGGAAGACACCCUUGCGAGGACAGGAGGCAGGGGGAGAGGCUCAGGGCAGUGAAAGAUCUUUAGAAACCUUCAUGGAAGAUGUCAAGUCAAAAGGAAAUUUGGAAAAGAUGACACCUGUGAGGAAAUCAAAAACUGAGAAACAGAAACGUGAUUCUAUAAAAGACCUAUCACCAGUACUCCCACACACACCAGUCCACACCAAGGAACCAGUGAAUGAAGAGGAAAAGAACAUUAAAAUGUCUGGCAAAUCCUCACAACCAGAACUAGCUGACCCCUCAAAGAGCAGGAAAAGACAGCUCAAGACACCAACAAGUGAUGAUAAAGGCAUCAAAGUGUUUAAGGGAGCUUCAAAGCAGAAAGUGAACCCAGUGGUAGAUGCAACUGAAAUGAAGAGGAGAACAAGAGCUCCUAAGGAAGAGACCCAACUAUUAGAAGACCUAACUGGCUUCAAAGAACUAUUCCAAACACCAAACCGUAUCAACAAGCCCAUGAGUGACCAUAAAACUAAAGUAACUGGCAAAUCUCCACAACCGGCAGCAGUGGAUACCCCAUCAAGCAUGAAAUCACAGCCCAACACAUCUCAGAGGAGAGUGGGUGUGAAAGACGAGCUCUCUGCUCAGAUGUCAGAGGAAACCACAUACACACCCAGAGUGCCAGAAGGCAAUGUUGUAAGCAUUGGAGCUUUGAAGGAAUCUGAAAAGCGGACACUUCGUGCAGCAGAAAAUGUAACUAGCAGCAAGAGGCAGCGAGGGGCACCUAAGGAGAAGGCCCAGCCCCUCAAAGACUUUUCUGGCUUCCAGGAGCUCUUCCAAACACCAGGCCAUGCCACAGACCCAAUGACUGUUGACAAGACCACAAAAGUGCCUUGGGAAUCUCCACAACCAGCAACAAUCAGAACCUCAAAAAGCAUGCAAAGACGGUCCAAGACAAGUCUGGGGAACAUGGAUAUAAAAGAGGAGCUUUCAGCAUUCAGUAAACUAAGGCAGUCACCAGGCAAAACCAUGCACAGACCCACAGAACCUGAACAGGAGGAAGCCAUCAAAAUAAUUUCAGAAAGUCCAAAACAGAAACUGGACCUGUCAGCAAAUUUAACUGGACUUAAGAGAUGGCCACAAAUGCCUAAGGAAAAUAGCCAAUCUCUACAAGACCUGAGUGGCUUCCAGGAGCUCUUCCAAACACCAGAUCAGGCCAUGGAUCCCGUGAUUGUAGGUGAAACUACAGAAAUGUGCCAGAAAUCUCCUCAACCAAGACCAGUCAGAACCCCAGGAGGUGUAAAGAGACAGUCCAAGAGAAGUCUAGAGAAAGUGCAUGUGACAGAAGAGCUUUCAGGACUUUGGAAACUCCCACAAACAUCAGGGGAAAUCAUGCACACACCCCAAGGACCAGAAGGUAAUGAUGAAGGCAUUAGAUUGGUUAUGCAGCCUGCAAAGCGGAAACUGGACCCAGCAGAAAAUGUAACUGUCAGCAAGAGGAUACGAAGGGCACCCAAAGAGAAGGCACAGCCCUUAGAAGACCUGGCCGGCUUCCAGGAGCUCUUCCAAACACCCAGCCAUGCCAAGGCCCCAGUGACUAUGGACAAAACCACAAAAAUACCCUGCAAAACUCCACAACCAGCAGCAAUCAGAACCCCAACAAGCAGGCAGAGGCGGUCCAAGACAAGUCUGGGGAACGCGGAUGUGAAAGAAGAGCUUUCAGCACUCAGGAAGCGAAGGCAAUCACCAGGCAACACUGUGCUCACACCCACAGUACCAGUACAGGAAGAAGCCAUCAAAGCAUUUAUGCAAAGUCCAGAGCAGAAACUGGACCUUACAGAAAAUUUAACUGGACUUAAGAGACAGCCACAGACAUCUAAGGAGAGGAGCCAAUCCCUGGAAGUCCUGAGUGGUUUCCAGGAGCUCUUCCAAACACCAAACCAUACCAUGGAUACAAGGACCGUUGGCGAAACUACAGAAAUGCCCCAGAAAUCUCCACAACCAGGGCCAGUCAGAACCCCUACAAGCAGGCAGAGGCGGUCCAAGAUAAGUCUGGGGAUUGCAGAUGUGAAAAAAGAGCUUUCAGCACUCAGGAAACAAAGGCAGUCAUUAGACAAAGCUGUGUAUACAUCCACAAUGCCAGAACAGGAAGAAGAUAACAAAACAUUUAUGCAAACUCCAAAGCAGAAAUUGUACCUUACAGAAAAUUUAACUGGACUUAGGAGACAGCCACAAACAUCUAAGGAGAGGAGCCAAUCCCUGGAAGACCUGAGUGGUUUCCAGGAGCUCUUCCAAACACCAAACCAUACCAUGGAUACAAGGACUGUUGGUGAAACUACAGAAAUGCCCCAGAAAUCUCCACAACCAGGACCAGUCAGAACUCCUACAAGCAGGCAGAGGCAGUCCAAGAUAAGUCUGAGGAACGCAGAUGUGAAAGAAGAGCUUUUAACACUCAGGAAACAAAGGCAGUCACUAGACAAAGCUGUGUAUACAUCCACAAUGCCAGAACAGGAAGAAGAUAACAAAGCAUUUAUGCAAACUCCAAAGCUGAAACUGGACCUUACAGAAAAUUUAACUGGACUUAAGAGACAGCCACAAACAUCUAAGGAGAGGAGCCAAUCCCUGGAAGACCUGAGUGGUUUCCAGGAGCUCUUCCAAACACCAAACCAUAGCAUGGAUACAAGGACUGUUGGCGAAACUACAGAAAUGCCCCAGAAAUCUCCACAACCAGGGCCAGUCAGAACCCCUACAAGCAGGCAGAGGCGGUCCAAGAAAAGUCUGAGGAACGCAGAUGUGAAAGAGCUUUCAACACUCAGGAAACAAAGGCAGACACUAGAAAAAACUGUGCACACACCUAUAAUACCAGGACAGGAGGAAGCUUUCAAAACACUUAUGGAAACUCCAAGGCAGGAAUUGGACUUGGCAGAAAAUUUAACUGGACUUAAGAGAUGGCCCCAAACACCUAAGGAAAGGAGUCAAUGGCUAGAAGAUCUAACUGGCUUGCAGGAGCUCUUCCAAACACCAAACAAUAGCAAGGACAUAGCGUCUGAUGACAAAACCACAAACAUGUGCUGGAAAUCUCCACAACUAGGACUAGUCAGAACCCCAACAGGCAUAAAGAGAUUGUCCAGGACAAGUCUGGGGAAAGUGGAUGUAAAAGAAGAGCUGUCGUCACAGAGUAAGCCUAGGCGUUCAUCAGAAGCAACUAAGCACACUCCCAAGGUACCAGAAAGUGGUGUUGAAGGCAUCGAAGCUUUGAAGGAUUGGGCACAGCAGACACUGCACCCAGCAGCAAGUGUAACUGGCAGCAGGAAAUGGUCAAGAACUAAAGAAGGGUCCCAAAUCCUAGAAGAUCCAGCUGGCUUCCAGGAGCUCUUCCAAGCACUUGGCCAUAGUGAGAACCCCAUGCCUAUGGACAGAACCACAAGAAUGCCUUGCAGAUCUCCACAACCAGGAGCAAUGGACAUUGCAACAACCUUAAAAAGACGGUCCAGGACAAGUCUGGGGAAAGUGAACGUGAAAGAAGAGCCAUCAGCACUCAGGGAGCUCAUGAAAAUGUCAGGGGAAACCACACACAGAGCGGCAGAGGAUGAUGUCAUAGUCACCAGAGCUCUGAAGGAAUCUGCAAAGCAGACACUGAACCCAGCAGCAAGUGUAACUGGCAAUAAGAGGAAGCGAGGGACACCUAAGGAGAAAGCCCAGCCCCUGGAAGACCUGGCUGGCUUACAGGAACUCUUCCAAACACCAGGCAGUGCCAAGGACACAAUGCCUAUUGAUAGAACCACAAAAAUGCCCCUCGAAUCUCCACAACCAGAACCAAUGGACACUCCAACAACCUCAAAGAGACAGCCUAGGGCAAGUCUGGCAAAACUGAAUGUGAAAGAACUUUCAGGAUUCUGGAAGCUCCCACAAAUGUCAGGGGAAGCCACGCACACAUCCCAAGUUCCAGAAGGUGAAGAUAAAGUCAUUAGAGAGGUUAAGAAAUCCGCAAAGCGGAAACUGGACCAGGCACCAAGUGUAACUACCAACAAGAGACUGCGAAGGGCAGCUAAGGAGAAGGCCCAGCCCCUGGAAGACCUGGAAGGUCUGCAGGAACUCUUCCAAACACCAGGUCGCGACAAGGACCCAGUGACUUUUGAUAGAACCACAAAACUUCCCCACAAGUCUCCACAGACAGAGCCAGUGGACACCUCUGCAACAUUAAAGAGGCAGCCGAGGAUGAGACGUGGGAAGGUAGAUGUGGAAGAAGAGCUGCCAGCAGCGCGGAAGUUGACGCGAGCAUCAAGGCAAAUCAUGCUCACCCACAAGGUACCAGAAGGUGAUGUUGCAGACAACCUAGCUUCGAAGGAAUCUGCAAAGCAGACAUUGGACCCAGCACCAAGUGUACGUGGCAGCAGGAGGCUGCGAGGGGCCUCUAAGGAGAAGGCCCAACCCCCCCUGGAGGACCUGGAUGGCUUCCAGGAACUCUUCCUUGUCAUACCAGGUCAUGACAAGGACCCACUGACUAUUGAUAGAACCACAAAACUGCCCUGUAGAUCUCCGCAGCAGGAAGCAGUGGACAUCCCUGCAACCUUAAAGAGACAGCCCAGGACUAGACUCAGGAAGGUGAACAUGGAAGAAGAAUUGCCUGCAGUGAGGAAGUUGACGCGAGCAUCAAGGCAAACCACGCGCAACCACAAGGUACCAGAAGGUGAUGUUGCAGACAACCUAGCUUCGAAGGAAUCUGCAAAGCAGACAUUGAACCCAGCACCAAGUGUACCUGGCAGCAGGAGGCUACGAGGGGCGGCUAAAGAACCUCUAGAAGAUCUGGCUAGCUCUAAAGAGCUCUUUCAAACACCUGAUCACACCAGAGAUUCAGCAAGUGAUGAAAAAGCCACAAAAAUGCCUUACAAAUCCCCACAACCAGAACCAGAUUCCACAACCUUAAAGAGACAGCUGAGGACAAGGCUCAGGAAAGCAGUUGUGAAAGAAGAGUCCUCAGCCCAGGGAAUGUUGUCAGGAACAUCAGGGGAAGCCAGGAAGACACACAAAGAGCCUGUAGGAAAUAGUACGAGUAUCCAAGUAUUGAAGGAAUCUGCAAAGCGGAAAUUGGACCCAGCAGCAAGAGUAAAUGUGGUCAGCAAGAGGCUGAGAGGCUCAUCUAAGGAAAAUGCCCAGCCCCUGAAAGACCUGGCUGACUCCCAAACACCAGGACACACUGAGGAUUCAGUGCCUGAUGGGAAAACUGCAAAACUGCUCUGCAAAUCUCCACAGCCAGAAGUGGAAACCCUUGCAACCUCAAAGAGACAACCCAGGGCAAGACUUGGGAAGGUGAAUGUGGAAGAAGAGAUGCUGGCAGUAAGGAAGUUGACACGAACAUCCAGGCACACCCACAAAGUACCAGAAAGUGAUAUCAUAGGCAGCCAAGCUUUGAAGGAACCUGCGAAGCAGACAUUGGAGCCAGAACCAGGUGUAACUGGCAGCAGGAGGCGGACAAGAGCUCCUAAGGCAGAGAGGCAACCCCCAGAAUACCUGGCUGGUUCCAAAGAAGUAAUCCAAACACCAGACCACGCUGAGGAACUCAUAAAAGGUGCUCAGAGCACUCCACAGCCAACACCGGACACAGCAAAACCUCUGAAAACAUCCAGAAGAGUCCUUAGGGCCUCUAAAGAGAAACCUGUGGAAGACUUGGUGGGCACCAGAGACCCUGACACAUCACAAAGCAAAAGUAAUGCUUCCCUGUCUCCUAAGAGGAAAUCAGGAAAAGAUGGAAGCAGGGGGCCGCCCUCUAUGACUCCACCACAGGAAGCUGCAGAGAAGAGGCCAGUCUGCAGGAAGCAAAGGGCUGCCCCCAGCAAAAAGCACACAUCAGCUGAGCCCUUGAACACGGUGAGGCCUGUGAGAAUUACCACACCCAUGAAUGAACCCACGGAAGAACAGGACAGCAACAGCGUGAAUACUGAAAAAGGGGAACCCACUGUAGAAGAGGCUGUCACUCCAAGUCAGAGAAAGUCUCUGCGCACCAGACGCCAAAAUAAAACCGAUGUAGAACAGCAAAGACCUGAGGAAUUUACGUCAGCAGAAAAGAAUCAAGUGAGGAGAAAUGAAAGGUCUGUGAAGACUUCCCAAGAGACAGAGGCACAGAACCCAGGUGACACAGCCAAGAAACCUGCAGCUCGGAGCAGAUUCACUGGGGACAGGAUGUGCCUGCGAGCUGGAAGACAGAGUAAGGUCUCCCAGCCUCUUCCAGCAGAGGAGAAAGUAAGGGGGAAGAGCAUGGAGAUCCCCGUGAAGGAGCAGAAAGAGAACAGAGUGGCUGGGAAGUCAGGUGUUACAUAUCUAAGAUCCAGAAAGACUGGAAUCCAGUCUAGGGGAGACACUUUGGACAGUGAACCUGAGCCAAGAAUAACUCGAGGGGCCAAGAGGGGUGCAGAAAAUCCAAAGAAGGAUAAGGACAUUGCGUUCACUAAGAAAGUAAGAACCAGAAGUCAACGCAACAGUGAAGCUAUUUAGCAAAGCCACGUAAGAGGGACCAACCAAACUUAAGUUAGUUUAGCGAUAAAUUCUAGUAUCUGUAAAAGUGGAUUCAGUAAAUAAUGGUAUCAGUGUUUUUAAGGGAAGAACAUGUAAGAAUUUCUCAGUUUGAACUGUUGGCAA